UCUGUUUCUCUUCCACUUUCUAGUUUCCUCGCUUUCUCCGAGGCCCCAGCAUAGCCCUCCUAUAAAGACUCCCUUUUUCCUCGUCCGCUGGUUUCUCCAUACUUGCAGCUCUCAUUCCCCAAGAUUAGAUCUAAGAGAAAAAGAAGAAGAUCCAAGAGAUGGGUAGUUCUGGAAAUUCAUGGAAAUUGAACGACCACCCCAAGCUUCCCAAAGGGAAGACCAUAGCGCUGAUUGUUUUGGAUGGAUGGGGUGAGGCUAAGCCUAAUGAGUACAACGCUAUCCACGUUGCUGAAACCCCCACCAUGGAUUCUCUCAAACAGGGCAAUCCGGAUACAUGGAGGUUGGUGAAGGCUCACGGUACUGCAGUGGGGCUUCCCACAGAAGAUGACAUGGGCAACAGUGAGGUUGGCCACAAUGCCCUUGGUGCUGGAAGGAUCUUUGCCCAGGGUGCAAAGCUUGUUGACUUGGCCCUUGCUUCGGGUAAAAUCUACGAAGGAGAUGGCUUCAAAUACAUAAAAGAAAGUUUUGAAACCGGAACUUUGCACCUAAUUGGGCUAUUGAGUGAUGGAGGAGUACACUCCAGACUUGACCAGUUACAGUUGUUGCUGAAAGGUGCGGCUGAGCGUGGUGCCAAAAGGAUUCGUGUUCAUGCCCUAACUGAUGGGCGUGAUGUCCUGGAUGGUUCAAGUGUAGGAUUUAUGGAGACUCUCGAGAAUGAUCUUGCAAAAUUACGUGAAAAUGGUAUCGACGCCCAGGUUGCAUCAGGUGGAGGCCGUAUGUAUGUGACAAUGGAUCGAUAUGAGAAUGAUUGGGAUGUCGUAAAGCGAGGUUGGGAUGCCCAAGUUCUAGGUGAAGCUCCGCACAAGUUUAGGAAUCCCGUUGAAGCAAUCAAGAAGCUUAGGGAGGCUCCCAAAGCGACUGAUCAGUACUUACCUCCAUUUGUUAUUGUUGAUGAAAAUGGAAAGGCUGUUGGUCCUAUUGUAGAUGGUGAUGCUGUUGUGACCUUUAAUUUCCGAGCAGAUCGUAUGGUUAUGUUAGCAAAGGCCCUUGAGUAUGAAAAUUUCGAUAAAUUUGAUCGUGUCCGAUUCCCUAAAAUCCGGUAUGCUGGUAUGCUACAAUAUGAUGGGGAGUUGAAGCUUCCAAGUCGCUACCUUGUUUCUCCUCCAGAAAUCGACAGAACUUCCGGGGAAUAUCUAGUGCACAAUGGCGUUCGUACUUUUGCCUGCAGUGAAACUGUUAAAUUUGGCCAUGUCACAUUUUUCUGGAAUGGAAAUCGUUCUGGAUAUUUUAAUGCUGAUAUGGAAGAGUAUGUUGAAAUUCCAAGUGAUGUCGGUAUAACAUUCAAUGUCCAGCCAAAGAUGAAGGCUAUUGAGAUUGCUGAAAAGGCUAGAGAUGCUAUUCUUAGCCGCAAAUUUGACCAGGUACGCGUUAACAUACCAAAUGGUGACAUGGUGGGGCAUACUGGAGACAUUGCCGCAACUAUUGAAGCUUGCAAGGCUGCUGAUAUAGGUGUCAAGAUGAUCCUCGAUGCAAUUGAACAAGUUGGCGGAAUUUAUGUUGUCACUGCAGAUCACGGGAAUGCAGAAGACAUGGUGAAGAGAAACAAGAAGGGAGAGCCUCUUCUUGACAAGACCGGAAAUAUCCAGAUCCUUACUUCUCACACUUGCGAACCGGUCCCGAUUGCCAUUGGGGGUCCGGGGUUGACACCUGGAACGAGAUUCCGCAGAGAUGUGGCAACUGGUGGGCUCGCUAAUGUUGCUGCGACCGUGAUGAAUCUGCACGGGUUUGAAGCACCUAGCGACUACGAGACCACAUUGAUCGAGGUUGUUGACAACUAGAUGGUGCAAGGAUUUGCAUUGCAUGCCAUUUUGUGCUAGAUUUUUGGCUUAAUGGAAAGCAUUGAGAAAAACAUAGAAAGACCUCGUUUUAUAUUUUGAAUAAGGAAAUGGAAUUUGGAGCGCAGUUGUUUCUUGGCUUUGAAUCCCUCACGAUUUUUGGUUGUAGUUUAUGAACGAAUCACUUCACUUGUCUGUCUUAAUAUAUAACAGUGCAUUAUAUGCUUAUUGCUCUGCUCA